AUGUUAAUUUCCAAACACUGGUAUAUGGUUAGCCGAACUAUAAUCUACAGGAAUGUAACUUUACGCGAAAUCAGCCAAUUCGAGCUGUUUGUUACAAGCAUGUUCAAUUCGUCCAGCGGUCAAUUAGUCAAACAGGUUGAAUUGUUAUUCGAUGACAAGCACCAACUGGAGCUCAACUUGGGACGAUUAUUCAAAUCAUGUCCAAAUAUCACCUCUCUGAAACAAGCAGAAUUAAAAAAAGGUUCGUUUUAUGCCAAAUUGCUUUUGGAAGUCUUGACCGGAAGCGGAACCAAGCUAAAAAGAAUGCCUGCUUACGAUUUCACACACCCCCAUACUGUUCGUAAAUAUGGGCAUGCAACAUAUGCGUUGAAAGAUACACUGGAACAUAUACAUCUUUGUGAUUACUCUACGACCAAGGCCACCUUUAAGCAAAAUGAGACACUAAACCAGCUGCCGAUAUACAAAAAUCUGAAGUCAAUUAAAAAACAUCUGGGCAUUGCAGAACCUUUUCAUUUGCAACCUCUCUUUAAUGUCCGGUCUCUAAAAAUAGGCGAAAUGCUGACAAUCAACUCCACACUUACACAGUACGUUUUGCAUUUAUUCCCAAACGUAAAAUCAUUUAAAUACGCUGAUGGUGAUUCAGAAGAUAUAUUCCACCAGAAUAGUGUUCAACAAUCAUCCCCAGAAGAAUGGGAACGCAUGAAUACACAGGGAAUAGAAAUACAUAAUGAACUUUGGAUACAAUUCUUGACGUUAGUGGCCUCAAUGACAGUCUGCACGAUACCCUUCCUGUUUGUAAAGGACGUUGAGGUCUUUUCCAAGGUACCCAACUUGUAUGAAAACCUCCAUAUAAUAAUGGAUGAACGGACAUCUGAACUCGAUAGGGACUUAAAAAUAUAUUAUGGCAUCUUUUACAACACCACUGGCAAAAACAAUAUUCGUAAUAUGCAUCAAAAAGACAAUUAUGCACGCCAUAUUGUCUUGCAUUCUGACAGAAAAAUAUGCCUUGUUGACUGUCCAAAGAUAAACGCGAUCAAGGCUCUUGGGCCCAACUUAAAAGCAUUGGAUUUUGAUGCUGGUUCACAAGGCGAUGUAGACAUACGUUUAGAUGCAGAUAUUGAAAAUUCGGUAGAAGGUAAUCUGUUCGAUCUUAUUUCGGAUUACUGUCCUUAUUUAGAUACAUUAUGGGUUGCAGACAGCACAUUCCAUCAUAAAAAGCAACAUACUGUCAAGCCAAUCCAAUCUCUGGAACGGAUCAAAUUCAGAUAUUGUAAAUUUGAUGAAGACUAUCUGUGCCAGCUGUCUAGCCGCUUACCGAGCAGGCUACAAAUUGUGGCUUUUAUUAACUCUUCCAUACGCAAUAAGGAAUUUGGCAUGUCAUCACUAUAUGAUGUGAUUAAUAUGCCCAAUACUUCUUUUAGUACUCUGUUGUGGAAAUCAGAAUUUUAUGAUGAUCUUUAUGAUGAACCCGAUCUCAAAGACAGGGAAAUAUUUUAUAUCAAAUUAACAAAGAACAAGACUUCGCCUGUCUUUUAUAAAAUCUCCACAAAUAAUCAACUGGCAGUAUCUUCGUUUUUAGAAUUUGAAACUUCCAAGGGAAAUAAUAUAGUCCAAACUAUUGAUAUACGUUGUUUUGAUAUCAAAAUGUUGGCAAUCAAAUUACCAUUCCUUCAAUCCCUUCUUCGCAUAGAAGAACAGCCCAUCAUUUGUGACGACAAAAGUUAUAUGGACUUACCUGAUUUUAGUUUGUUCUAUUCCGACUUUUAG